UUAAUAUUGUAGGGUUUUAGGUUUGAGGUUAGUCCAAAAAUAGGUGUGGUGAGGUAGGGGUGGACGCGAGAUUCAUGUUAUUCGAUCGGAUCCUUAUUAUGAGUAUCAAGUUUUUAGUAUUCGUACCCCACUUAGAAAAAUUAGAUAUUCGAACAAACGAGUAUUUUUUAUAUACACAAAAUACCAGCAUGUUAUCUGAUCCGUUUUGUUACCCCAAUCUAAAUUCAAAUAGUUACAUUUUAGUCAAUAUAUAACACUAAAGAUUAAGGAAAAAGAAACGAAAAAUAAUAGAAAGUUAUGAUUCCACUAAAUACAAGUUGUUUCGUCCGGUUCGGUCCUUGUAUCGGAUCAUGCUCGAAUAGAAAUUACACUAAAAAUGAAGGAAAAAGAAAUGAAAAAUAAUGGCCUCCUAUAUAUAACCUUUUCUUAUGAUUCCACUGAAGUUCUCAAGUCUUCUUUGAUGCGAACCAAAAAAACUAAACAAACACAUAAUUUUUUAUAGCAAGAAGAAGAAGAUGAAGAUGAAGACUGUUCUUGUAAUCAUAAACUGUAUAUUCUUGGCCAUUGGAAACUGUGGAGGCCCUCUUAUGAUGCGUCUCUACUUCAGUAACGGUGGCCAAAGGAUUUGGUUCUCAAGCUUCCUCCAAACCGUAGGUUGUCCCCUCAUUAUCUUCCCUCUUCUCUUCUCCUUCAUCCGCCGUCUUCGUUGCCUUGACGAACAAGAAAAGACCCCAUUUUUCCUCAUGAAACCUCCUCUCUUCAUUGCCGCUAUCCUCGUUGGUCUGCUCAUGGGCUUUGACAAUUACCUUUACUCUUACGGAUUAGCUUAUAUUCCUGUUUCCACUGCUUCUCUGAUCAUCUCUGCGCAAUUAGGCUUCACUGCUCUCUUUGCCUUUUUUAUGGUAAAGCAAAAGUUCACACCUUUCACUAUAAACGCUGUCGUUUUGCUCACUGUUGGUGCCGUUGUCCUUGCCCUUAACUCUGAUAGUGACAAGCUUGCAAACGAGACACACAAGGAGUACGUUGUUGGGUUUCUCAUGACCAUUGGUGCAGCUCUUCUCUAUGCGUUUAUAUUGCCGCUUGUGGAGCUUACUUACAAGAAAUCUUGUCAACGAAUCACGUAUACGCUCGCGCUCGAGUUCCAGAUGGUCUUGUGCUUUUUUGCCACUUGCUUCUGCCUCGUGGGAAUGCUAGCUGCUGGCGAUUUCAAGGUGAUAGCAGGAGAAGCAAGAGAUUUUAAGCUUGGAGAGUCUUUGUACUAUGUGGUGGUUGUGUUCACCGCCGUAAUCUGGCAAGCAUUUUUCGUGGGAGCUAUUGGGUUGAUCUUCUGUGCAUCUUCUCUGGUCUCUGGAAUUAUGAUCAGUGCUCUGCUUCCGGUGACGGUGAUCUUGGCCGUCAUUUGUUUCCAGGAGAAGUUUCAGGCGGGGAAAGGUGUCGCUUUGGCUCUCUCGCUCUGGGGAUCCGUCUCUUACUUCUAUGGACAGAUGAAAUCCGAGGAGAAGACUAAGGCUCAGGAGACACAACUGUCUCAGCUUCCAGUUACUGAUUCUGAAACUUAAAUGCACAACAUAUUACAGUUUGGUUUUAUUAAUGAUGUCUGUAACAUCAACAUUCAAUUUCUGAAAUAUUUCAAAUCUAUGAGUUGUGAGUUGCUGAUUUAAUCAAAGAUGUAAUGUAUAGAACUUGAGCUGAAAUCUUUUAAGCAAAUGUCCAUCCAUUAUA